UGACUGACAGCAAAUUAUCAGCCUGGCAACUGUACAAUGUGUCUCUCACAUGUACAAUCUGUAGCCCAGAGCUGCAACUCAAACGUUCCAACGUGAGCCAGACUUGUGGUGCUGCAGUUUUCUGCUGGGCACCGGGCUACAUUGUUAAUGAUUUCCCAAAAGUCGAAACGGAUUAUUACUGAAGUGGACAAAGUAAUCGUGGGGCCAUGCCAGUCGCAUGCGUUCUCUGUCGUUAGCAUGUUGAACUAUCCUGUGCUAGCUAACUCGCUCUAGGAUGGUUGUAAUGUAAGUUAGCUAGUUACAUUGUAUGUCAGUGACUUAAGUAGCCAACCCGCUAACGAAAGUUAUUAAAAUAUUGGAAUGCUUGUCAUAGAAAUCGCAAAGAUAUGUGGUCUGUAAGCUAGCUAGAAAGUGACCUAUCAAGUCAAUGCCACACACCUCUGUGUUGCAACCUUUACGAAUUGUUGUUGGCUUAACGAAAGUCGAAGGAGGUUUUGUAAGGAAGGCUGCCACGGCGCGAUCUAAGCGGGGAAGGUAGCCGCGGUAUCUCAGUUUACAAGUACCACAGGACAAGACACUGGAUUGAUGACUGGAAUCAUUUGUAACAUUCAGUGGACAUUUGCGUCUGUAGGAUUUGUGUGAAGAGCUUAUCAGAGAACGUGUCAGCUAAGUGGUGAUGGCGAAACCUGAGUCGAAAAGAGGUGCCAUGGCCUUUGUCGCCGGAAGACCUGCUGCAACACCGGAGGACCAGGUCAACAACGGGUCACUUGAUCCGUCACCGUCCUCCGGUUCUCACGACGCAUCACAUACCCCAGUGCCAGCCAGCAAGUCUAAAUCUGGUAAACAGACGUCUAAGGAAAACCUGUCGCGGCGGACAACCGAGAGUGAAGUAUUCGACGACGGGACCAACACAUUUUUCUGGAGAGCACACACAGUCACGGUGCUGUUCAUCCUCACCUGUGCCCUUGUGUACGUCACACUGCUGGAGGAGACACCACAGGACACGGCGUACAACACUAAAAGGGGGAUUAUUGCCAGCAUUCUGGUGUUCCUCUGUUUUGGAGUGACCCAAGCCAAGGAUGGACCCUUCACCAGACCACACCCAGCCUACUGGCGGUUCUGGCUGUGCGUCACGGUGGUCUAUGAGCUCUUCCUCAUCUUUAUCCUUUUUCAGACGGUGCACGACGGACGGCAGUUCAUGAAGUACAUCGAUCCCAAGCUGGGCGUGCCUUUGCCGGAGAGGGACUAUGGCGGCAACUGCCAUGUCUAUGAUCCGGACAACACCACCGACCCCUUCCACAACCUCUGGGACAAGAUGGAUGGCUUCGUUCCGGCACAUUUCCUUGGCUGGUACAUUAAGACCCUGAUGAUCCGAGACUGGUGGAUGUGCAUGAUCAUCAGUGUCAUGUUUGAGUUCCUGGAGUACAGCUUGGAGCAUCAGCUGCCCAACUUCUCUGAAUGCUGGUGGGAUCAUUGGAUAAUGGAUGUGUUGGUGUGCAAUGGCCUGGGAAUCUACUGUGGGAUGAAAACGCUGGGCUGGCUCUCUAUGAAGCCAUACCAGUGGCAGGGACUGUGGAACAUCCCCACAUACAAAGGGAAGAUCAAGCGUAUAGCCUUUCAGUUCACACCCUACAGCUGGGUAAAAUUUGAGUGGAAGCCUGCAUCAAACCUUCGUCGCUGGCUAGCAGUACUUGGCAUCAUUUUCAUGUUCCUGCUGGCCGAGCUCAACACCUUCUACCUGAAGUUCGUGCUGUGGAUGCCUCCGGAGCACUACCUGGUGUUGCUGCGCCUCGUGUUCUUCGUCAACGUGGGUGGGGUGGCCAUGAGGGAGAUCUACGACUUCAUGGAUGACCCGAAGUUCCAUAAAAAGCUGGGCCAGCAGGCAUGGCUGGUGGCGGCCAUCACUGUCACCGAGUUCCUCAUUGUGGUGAAGUACGACCUCCACACCAUCACACUUCCCAUCCCCUUCAUCGUCACGCAGUGUUGGAUUCUGGGGAUUGUCAUCAUCUUCACCUGGACACUGUGGCGCUUCUUUAUCCGAGACAUCACGCUACGCUACAAGGAGACCCGCCGGCGCAAACAGGAAGGCACAGGGGAACGGGAACGACACCUUGGAAACAGUAACAACGGUAACGGUAGCCCAGCAACCACGUCUGGACGCAGCAAACUCAACGGCAGCACAGAGGCAGUGAGGCAGAGGAAGUCCUGAGGGGGCCCCGGCAAGGGAUCACACUACCCCGCACUGCACUGUGGGAAGGAUGGAGGGACUGGUGGGUGAAGGGGUGGAAGGUGGAUGAAAUGGGGACAGAAGGAUGGAGGGACUGGUGGGUGAAGGGGUGGAAGGGUGGAUGAAAUGGGGACAGAUGGAUGGAGGGCAGAAGCACUCAAGCUUCUGCUGCUGCUGCUGCUGCUGCUGCUGCUGCUGCUGCCAUUCCCACAUUCAGAAGCCCCACUAACAUCAUCCUGUCCAGGGUGUAGGUGGGCUGCUGUGUGUGUGUGUGUGUGUGUGUGUGUGUUGUGUGUGUGUGUGUGUGUGUGUGUGUUACACCAAAACAGUCAUUCCAAUGUUGGCUUGUCACUGUUAACACUAUUUACAGAAGUUAACCAACCCAGAGUUAUGGUGGGGGGAGGUGAGGUUUUGGUUUUAAUGAAGCGGGGAUGUGGUGAGGUGGAUUCAUAGGGAACAUAGCCAGGUGUCAAUUAUUGUGGAUAUGUGAACACGCAAGAAAUCAUUACCUCUUAAUUUUUCAAAGAUUGGGAAAAAUACAGUGUGAGGUUAGUCCGUGUGUGUGCGUGCGUGCGUGCGUGCGUGUGUGUGUGUGCGUGUGUGCGUGUGUGCGUGCGUGCGCGCGCGUGCGUGCGUGUGCAUGUGUGUGUAUGUAUUUGUGAAAGCUGACUUGAAAUGAUAGUGAGUGUAUGUUUGGGGGUUAACUGGAGUAACGGCAUAUAAAGCUUGAUACAUGCAAACAAUGGCCAUUUCUCACUAGCAUUUCUCGGCUAGCAAGACUAAUUGCCGUAUCCUUGCCAAUGCAGAUGUAGUCGUAAGCCAUAUGUAUGUCACGCACAUCUGACUAGCAUUUGAGUGAGUGAACCAAAUCUCUAAUCCACACUCAAAUUCAAUGAGGCUGACUGCAAUGCAUCACAUAAUCUAAUAUAUUUUUAGACUCUAUGAGAAGUGGCCAUUGUAAGCCCCGUGAGUGGACGAGUCUUUGGAUGAAGAUGUUUCCCUCCCUUCUCUUUGCCUUAAGAGAUGUGUGGUGCGCAACUUUGAUGGAAGCUCUGAUGUACACUACCGGUCAAAAGUUUGGGGUCACUUAGAAAUUUCCAUUCCAUUAUAGAUUAUAUUGUUUUUUUUUGUUUUGUUUUUUUAAAUCAGGGCAGCAGUUUUCAGAUUACAUAAUGUGCAUAUAUGGAGUGAUAUUCUGUCUAUAAUGGAGUGGAAUGGAGAUUUCUAACUGACCCCAAACGUUUGACCGGUAGUGUAUGUUUUCUUUUUCCAUUGCACUUACAUGUCAUUAGGGUUUAAUAGAGGGACUUUCUGCUGCUAUGCAAUAAUGAAGGUUCACUACCAUGGUUUUUGUUCCCAAUGGAGAUCAUGGGAUAGUUCUGUCGGGCUUAGUUUCUAAGAAUGGCAAUGCCUUUCCUUAACAUACAAUGAAAGUCUCUAAGACAUGUUUGGAGUCAGAACUAAGUUGGGUUUGCUUGUUAGUUAUUGUCUUAAAUAACAAACAUCAAUGUUUUACUAAAAGGUGAAAAAAGAGUCUGGAAGACGUCCCAUUGUCUCAAUGGGUCGUUAAUGUCUUAACUUAAAUGAGAGAUUGACACUGGUUUCGUUCCUCUGUGUCUGUUGAUGGAGAAGGUUGCCGUCAAAGCCUCACUAUCCCACAAUGCCCAUGGGUGCCAGCACUACUUAGCAACAUGUUCUUCACACUCAUUGCCUCCUGCAGCAGAAAGCAGAAUAACUUUAAUGUAAUCUGAAAUAUACUGCAUAGUUAGUAUUUCAUGAUAUAGAUAUGUAUAGUGUUGUUUUAGUAACUUCUUUUUUCAUCCAUGUCUAAUGCAACAUCACUGAAUUUAGGAUGGUAUUACAAAACUGACAUAGUCCUGCAGUUGUCUGCAUAGUUCUUUAAAUUCUCGUCACUGUUAUCAGUAAACCCCUACCAGUACCACUAGAUGGGACAAUCACGCUAACUUGAGACUUGAAUUGUUCCUAUAAAGAGUUGGAAGGCAAACCCUCACAUAAUGUACAGUUAUCGGGUUACAUGUACAGUUACAUGGGUCUGAUCAUGGGGGUAUCUUUUUCAAAAGAGAGUGCUGUAAGCCCCUCACCCUCAUCCCCAUCACCACCCAAAGAUCUGGAUUUGUAUGCUGAAGCCAUACGUUUAGACAUCACUGCUCAUAUGUUACUGUUCCUGUCUGUUGUCUUUUUAAGAUCACCAAACCAGGAAGUCUUCGGAAAUCACAAGCCAUUGGCCAUUGUAAAUGCUGUCUGUAUGCCAUAUUAGUGGUUGGCAUUAAUGUUUGAAUGCACACACCUGUAAGGAAAAAAAGAGACAAAAGCAGUAACCAAAAUAGUUAUUUUCCAGUGUAUGUGUAGUAAUUGCAGCUGUGCAUCAAGUCACUUAUGAUGUGACUUUAUAGGAUGUGUGUUCCAACCACACCAAAAAAUAAAAGGCAUCACAAAUGCUGAUGUUUAAGGGAACUUGUGUAUAUCUCACUGAUAACAUGGAGUCGGAGAGCUGGGUCCAUUGUACUGGUUUGCUGUUCGUAAAUGGUUUUGUAUGAAUGUUUCCACCUGCUUCCGAGUAAAAUGUGGUUCCAGGGAACCAUUGCCCUGGCAUGUAGAGAUAUUGUGCAGAUUGUCCAAAAUGGCCUCUUCAUGUGGUCUAGUCAACACUCGAUGCCAUUAUAAUUAUUGUGAAUGUACAAAAGCAGAUCUUGAUGUUUUGCAGAAGAGAGCUACAUGUUAUUCAAAUGCCAAUUUAUUGUCAACAAUCCCAAAUUUUGUUCUAAUGCCGAAAAUUUGUUUUUAGUAUCCAGUACAAUGUGUGGCUAUAACAUAGCAUGGGAACAAUCCAAAUGUAUUUUAAGUUGAUGCUUUUUUUGUUCAAUAAAAAGAAGGGGUCCUCUUGGGAAA